GAGACAUCAAUACUCUGCGACGGUCCCUCAUGCUGUCACGUAGCCAUAUGAAGUUCAUGGUCAGCAUUCCAACAUGGCGGACUUUGACCAAGUUCUGAAGAAGCACAUUGGAGAGCUGGGGCCAUAUCAGAUAUGGUGGUGUUUCCUUGUGUAUCUCCCAGCCAUACCGUGCUGUAUGCACAUGUUCUCUAUGGUGUUUAUUGGGGCCACUCCGGUACAUUACUGUGCAACGCCAGAACUGGAUUUGAUGGACCUGCUGCAACGAAACGGUAGCUGGGCUGAGAGGAUGAAUGCAACCAUUCCUUGGGAGCUAACAGACGGUGUUUGGCAGCACAGCAGUUGCACAAGAUACAACCUCAGUGACGAGUACAGUAAUUUGGCCCCGACCAACACCACAGCUGAAACAUUCAACAUGGCGACCAAUCUCUCUAUCACAGGGUGCGAUGCAGGAUGGGAGUACGACCGGUCACAGUUCCAUACCAGCGUCACAAUGGAGUUUGACCUAGUGUGCAACAGAAAAUGGCUGAACAAUUUGGCACAGUCCAUUCUUAUGGUAGGGGUGCUCUGUGGAGCAGUUCUUUUUGGCGAUCUCUCAGACAGGUAUGGAAGAAAGUUGACGUUCUUUAUAGUGCUGAGUCUACAAGUUAUAUUCGGCGUGGCGAAUGCCUUCACCCACAGCUACGCGGCCUUUGUCUGUCUGCGGUUCCUAGUGGGAGCCUGUGCCUACCCGGUCUUCAUGAUCGCCUUUGUUAUUGGACAGGAGAUUGUCGGGCCGUCCAAGCGUGCCUUGGCCGGGAGUGUGAUAGAACUCGCCUUUGCAGCUGCCAUCAUGGUGCUAGCCGGUCUCGCCUACGCCAUUCGGGAGUGGACCUUCCUACAGCUGGCCAUCACACUCCCCAGUGCGGUGUCCAUCCUGUCCUGGUGGUUGAUCCCUGAGUCUCCACGGUGGCUGAUCGCCAGAGGGAGGGUAGAGGAGGCGAUGGAAGUCAUUCAUCUGAUGGCCAAGAGAAACGGGAAGACCCUUCCCUCUGAUCUAGACCUAGACGUUAAGACACGCGUACGGAGGAGCAGUGGAGGCCAGCCUAGUGCCCUGGACCUUGUGCGUACUCCGAACAUGCUGAGGAAAUCCGUCCUCAUAUUCUUUAACUGGUUUGUGGUGACUAUCCUAUACUACGGACUGUCCCUCGGUACCUCGGACCUGGCCGGAGACGACUACGUCAACUUCUUCCUGUCCGGUGUGGUGGAGGUCCCGGGAUAUCUGUCGUCCUGUGUCGUCAUUGAGCGAUUCGGCCGCCGGGUUCCGCACAUGCUGUACAUGGUGGUGGGAGGGGUGGCGUGUGUCGCUGCCGCAUUUAUUCCUAAACAUCUGACGCCACUGACGAUCACCCUUGUCAUGAUUGGGAAGUUUGGCGCCGCUGGAGCCUUUAACAUCAUCUACAUCUGGACUGGAGAACUUUACCCUACUGUUGUUAGGAACGUCGGUGUUGGCGUGUCGGUCCUGUGGUCUCGCUGCGGCGGAAUCGCUUCUCCUUUCAUCGCCCUGCUGAAGGACGUGUGGGGACCGUUACCGCUGAUCAUCCUCGGCGCUCCCGCCUGUCUCGCCGGCGCUCUGGCGCUCGUCUUACCGGAGACGCUCGGACUGCCCCUGCCACAGACCUCGGAGGAAGCUGAACACUUCGGAAGGCGACGGAGGACCAACGAACAAUACAUACCCGGAAACAAUGUGGAAUCAGACGUUAAAAUGAUAGCAACACAAUGA